UCAGUGCAGAUUGUUUCUAAAGCUGGUAGAAUGUUGGCCAAAUUGGUAUUAUUAACGCUGGCUGUUUCGGUUCAACUGGUCAGUUCCGACAUCCCCGGAGUCCGUCAAACCAAGAGGGCCAGGUCUCUGUCUGAAACACCCAAUCUGCGAACCGUAGACUGUACUACUAGUAAGUCCGAUAUUACAUGUGAUGACGAUUGUACGACUGUCGGUAUUUGCAUCGGAAACACAUUAAUUAGUGCGGAUUGCAGUAUUACGAAAGCCACACCUUACUGCAACAAUGGCCAAUGCUCGUCCGUUCCUGCCACAGAUUGCCCAAUUGAUACUCCAGGUAUAACUUGCACAGGAGAAGGGACUUAUCCAGACCCACAGCAGUGCAGAACUUAUCACUAUUGUUCCGGAACAGGUGAGACAUCGGAUCCGUACUUUUGUCCUACUGGAUACGUUUUCAAUCCCCUUACUGGCAUAUGUAAGAAAAGUUCAUCGGCAUCAGAUUGUUUGGUGAUCAAAUGCCCUGCCGCGACUGGGUAUGGAAGCUACGGUACCAGCAAGACCUACUAUGGUUACUGUAUUUACGAAACUGGACCAGCACUUUCACAAAUACUCAUGUACAAGUGCUCAACCGGUGCUACUUUCGAUGGUUCUAAUUGUGUGUAUAAGUGUUCUAAGGUGGGAAAUUUUGCUAACACGAACGAUAAGAACACAUAUUACCAGUGUUACGUCUCAAGCGGAAAAUGGGUUUCCGAGCUUGUGAAGUGUCCGAGUGGAAAAAGCUUUGAUGCCUCCCUACAAAUUUGUGUUUCGCCAAAAGAUGCGUAGGUUUUGGACAUGCAAAAUUUCAAUACUUUAUCCGAAUAAACAAUACGUGCAUUUAUCUUA